UUAAGUUGUCAGUCCUAAGUCUGAAUAAAGUGGGAAGGAAGUUUGUAUUCGGUAUAAUUUUUAUUCGUGUGGGAACUUACGUACGCAUACCCUUGUGCGAUUUUUACCUGCUAUAUCUCGUGCGGGAACUUACAUUCGCCCCUUCAGUCACCCCUCCACACACACACACAAGUUGCUAGGCCAGCGGUCGCGAAGCCCGCGGGCCGUGAAACGUAAGCUCAAAGGAAUUGAAGACCGGUGGGCGUGCAAGCCGGGUCGAGAAGCCAGGGCCAGUAACUCAAGCCGUCGCCAUAAGCAAUGUACCUUGAUUGCAAGCCCUCUGAGCCUAGCUCCCUGCAGGCGGACACACAUACAUACUAAUGAAAGUCUGCCAGGUCACUGCCCUAUGUAUAUUGGAUGCUACGGUUCAUUUAAUUUGUUUAUUAUAUGUAACAAUCAAGGUUAGGUAUCCUAACCUCCUGUCUUGGUAACAAAAAACAAUGGAGAACAGGAACAGAGGAGAUGCAAUGCCAACAGCGGUUACUCUUCCGGUCCUAGACACCAAAAAAAAAGAUAGAUCGUACAAAAAUGUGGUCAAUUGUAUAUUUUAUUGAGGAAAAUACUGUUGAAUGUAUCCCGAACUUAUGGUUCAAAAAUAACAAAAUGAUAAGACAUCUUCUGGAGGAUGAUGUCUUACAUUAUUUAAACCCUAUGAGUGAAAAUAACUGUGAACGAUUAUCACAAAAUACUGAACAUCAUCAAUUCACUCAAAUGAAUGAAGACAUUCAUCUUAACCAUCAGACGAAAACUCCAAAUAUUUGUAUUAAUCCUGUAAGAGAAAAAGACUGUGAAAGUUUAUCACAAAACACUGAAUAUCAUCAAUUAACUCAUCAUCAAAACCAACAGAUUCUUUCAGCGACUGAUAAUGAAUUCAUUGACAAUGACAAUGUGAAUAUGGGAAAAAUGUUAAUGUUUAUUGGACAUGCGGUUAAAGAUGUGGCUAAUGAAAUUGCUGAAAUAAAAAAAAGUAUCAAAGAAAUUAAACUUGAUAAUGUCAAAAACCAAGAAUUACUUAUAUUGCUAACUGAUCGUACCAAAUAUAAUGCUACUAAAUCAGAGGAAAAGGUUCAUUUGUUUGGAUCGAAUUUAAAAGUUCCAGUUUCAAACCUCGAUGAUCUGCAUAAAUUGGAGUCCAAUGAGGAGCAAAAAAAAAUUUUAGCACAGUUAUUAAUACGCAAUGGGAAAUGUUUUGGUAUCAGGCGUACCACUUAUGAAAUGAUGAGGAUACUGAUGGAUAAUAGAGUGGCCGAAAGUCUAAACAUGGAUGGUAGGAGAGGUGAAAAACUACCUUUUGUGCGUAUGGAUCUGUACAAGAUAUUAAUUGAUUCUGUAAAAUAUUUUUUUCCGGAAGAGUCAGUUCCACUUAUAAAAGGAUGCAUUAGCGAUUGGUUAAAACAAGCACCUAGACGUAAAUAAUUUUUAAAUAAUACAUAUUUAAAUAAUGUUAUUUACUAAUAUCAAAAGAAUAUUAUUAUGUUAUUUUUU